AUGCCCUCCAUCUUUCUCCGUCCUAAAAAAGUUCUCCAACCUUUUCCCAACACUUUCUCGCUCUUUCUCUCCUUCCAAACACUACCUCUCUCUGACACAUAUCUGCAACUCUGAACAAAUUUGUCCCUUUUCUCCGAAAAGUUGUUGGCCUUUCGAAUCUAGGCCCCUAUUCGAUCAUGCUUCAGAGCUUAAUUCCACAGUCUCCUAUCAAUCCCAAUUGGAACCCUAAACAUAGCUCAUCCAUGAAGACGAAGCGCGUUGACAGGGACGUCGCCGGCGGGGAAUCAUCUAGUGACGACCCUAGCACCAAGCGCCCCAACGUCUCCGGCGAGAAAACAGUGGAUGAACAGGAAGAUGUGGUGAUUGAAGAUGAGUCGACUGGGCUGAGAUUACUUGGUCUCCUGCUACAAUGUGCCGAGUGCGUAGCCAUGGACAACCUACAGGACGCCACGGACCUAUUACCUGAAAUCUUGGAGCUCUCGUCUCCGUUCGGUUCAUCUCCCGAACGCGUCGGCGCGUACUUUGCACACGCGCUUCAGGCACGCGUUGUGAGCCUCUGCCUCAGCACCGACUCUCCGCUCAGUACAAGAAACCUCAUCCUAACUCAGUCGCAGAAGAUCUUCAGCGCUUUGCAAUCUUAUAAUUCGAUUAGUCCUUUGGUUAAAUUCUCUCAUUUCACCGCCAAUCAAGCCAUCUUCCAAGCCUUGGAUGGCGAGGAUCGCAUCCAUGUCAUCGAUCUCGACAUCAUGCAAGGUCUCCAAUGGCCAGGAUUAUUCCACAUCCUCGCGAAUCGCUCCAAGAAGAUCCGGUCCAUGAGAAUCACUGGCUUCGGUUCAUCGGCCGAGCUGCUAGAGUCGACUGGACGGAGACUGGCGGACUUCGCGAGCUCACUUGGUCUACCGUUCGAGUUCCAGCCACUGGAAGGCAAAAUCGGAACCAUAACGGAUCCGAGUCAACUCGGAGUAAGACCGAGCGAGGCGGUUGUGGUACACUGGAUGCACCAUUGCUUGUACGACAUCACCGGAAGCGAUUUGGGGACGUUGAAACUGUUGACUUUGCUACGGCCGAAAUUGAUUACAAUCAUUGAACAGGACCUGAGCCACCGGGGUGGUUUCCUAGGAAGGUUUGUUGAGGCGCUGCAUUAUUACAGCGCGUUGUUCGACGCGCUUGGGGACGGAUUGGGUAUGGACAAUCUAGAGAGACAUGUGGUGGAACAGCAGCUGUUUGGAUGUGAGAUAAGGAACAUUGUGGCGGUGGGCGGGCCGAAGAGGACAGGGGAGGACAAGGUGGAGAGGUGGGGAGAAGAGCUAAGACGGGUUGGGUUCGUGCCCGUUUCCCUCGGGGGUAACCCGGCGGCCCAGGCUAGUUUGUUGUUAGGAAUGUUCCCUUGGAAAGGGUACACUUUGGUAGAAGAAAAUGGCUGCUUGAAAUUAGGGUGGAAGGAUUUGUCUUUGUUGACAGCCUCAGCUUGGAAGCCGUCCGGUUGAAUAAAAAACAAAGGAAUUUUGUUGAUGAAAUCAUUGGUGGAAAUGUUAUCUACUUUUUCUUUUUCUUUGUAAUAAAAGAACCAGGGAAGAAACAUGUAUUUUAGAAAUUUGUUACAUCAAAUUUGUUACAAUUUUUUUUUCCUCUAAUCUCAUAUGUACUCUUUCCAAGAAGUAAGUGUAUAUGUAACAGGUUAUAUUCUUAGCGUCUGCUGAUCAGU